AUGGCUUCCCCGACCCCCGACUCCUCCCUAACCUUCACCGAUACCGACCUGGAUGGCAUCGACCUCGACCCGUCCGACUUCGGCUCCUCCAUACCCCUCAAGAAGGUCCCCAACGGCGACGUAUUCGAGGCCUCUAGAGCCGGCGACAUCGACCGCCUCAAGUACCUCCUCGAGUUGGGCAUCAAUGUCAACGCGCGCGACCAAUGGGACUCCGUGGCUCUUUACUAUGCUUGCCUGUCGGGCCACCUCGACGCCGCCAGGAUGUUGCUGGAGAGCGGGGCGAUAUGCUCUGAGCACACUUUUGACGGGGACAGGUGCCACUACGCAGCCCUUAAUUUGAAGGUGAGGAAGCUGUUGAAGGCCUUCGAGGCGAGGCCGCCGCCUCUAGGGCCUUUGCAGGCCUCGAUGAGAGAGAUUUUCAUGGGUUGUGGUGAGAAUAGAGCUUUCUUGGAGCAGGCAAAUAACCAGUCUCAUAUCUCAGCUCUGUCAUCCACUGGGGGAUCCAAUUCCUACCAUUUCCCUCCAGAUGUGGUAUUUUUUGUGCAAGGUAGACCUAUUGAAGCUCACAGAGUUAUCUUAAGUGCUCGGUCAUCAUAUUUUAAAAGGAAGUUUGAAACAGAUUGGAAAGACCGCAAGGAAGUGAGAUUUGCAAGGGAAAAGUUGUCUUAUACUGCUCUUUACAGUCUUAUCCACUUCUUUUAUUCUGACAGACUAGAGAUUGUAGUAGAUGACAUGGAGGAUCUUGUGAGAAUAUGCAAAGUAUGCAAAUGUGAAUCCUUACAAAGGAUUCUUGAGAAAGAACUUAUUCACCAGAAAUAUGCGGAAUACAAGGCACUGAAGGACAUAGACGAUUCUCAGAAACGCUUCAUAUUACAAGGCAUAUCCCUUCCUGAAGAAGAUCGUCUUCCUGCUUCCUUGCAUCAAAUCCUUCAAAUUGCACUUGCCAACUCCACCCGGGAGCAAAACCAAGACAAUAGUGUUGAGGAAUUAUCAUUUUAUGCUGGUGCAAUGCAGAUCAGUGAUUUCGUAGAUGAUCUUGCAGAUGUUAGUGUACAAGUUGAUAAAAAGAUAUUUCGUUGCCAUCAAGUGGUUUUGGCAUCAAGAUCAGAAUAUUUUAGAGCAAGAUUAUCUCGUAUGAAGGGCUUUCAUGAAGGAAAGGUCUCAUUACCUGUUGAUACCCUUCCGUGUCUUGAAGAACAUGAUCUGAGCACGGAAGCAUUUGAGAAAAUGAUAGAGUAUAUGUAUACUGAUGGUUUGAAGGAUAUAGACCCAGAUCAGGCUGAGGAAAUGUUUGAUGCUGCUUCUAGAUAUUUGUUAUUUCCGCUUAAGCGUGCUGUAGCUGAUGUGCUGUUGCCACACCUGGAAAUGGUCUCGCCUGCAGAGUUGUGCCAGUGGUUGAUAUUAUCAGACAUGUAUGGUGUUGUGAAGAUACGGGAAUACUGUCUAGACACUAUAGCAUGUAAUUUCGAGACAUUUGCCGAUACACGGGAAUUCCGAGCAAUGCUGUUGACGCUCCCGCCACCAUCAGGAGAUUCCUCACUCCGCACCACUGUUCCAAGUGCUCCAGGAGCAAUAAUCAAUGCGGAUCAAGCAAAUCUCCUUGAUGAUUUACGAGAGAAGUGGCUUGAAGCUGAAGCUGCUGAGCUUGACAAGAGAGAUGAGAGUGCAUUACUUUUUGACAAGCGCCUUGAGAUGCUUAUGCUUGUUGCUGAACAAGAAAAGUCUGAUGGGGCUCCUGCUGAUGAUUUUCAUGGUCCUUGAUCACCUCUUCCCCCAUGCCUCUUCCCGCAUGCCAAGGGCAAGAAGACAAAUUUUAGAUUUAUAGAUUUUUCCUUCAAGUAUAAAAGAAAAAAGAAAACAUUUUUUGUUGUAGUGUCACAACCCCUCUAACUACAACUAGGACAAUAAAUGAAAAUGCCUCGAAGUGCUUUGGUG